AUAUGUCUAUAGAGCACCCCUGCGGCAAGACCGUGUCAUACAGCCACUCUCAAUGUCUUCAAUGUGGAGCUGAGUUGGACAUAGAUAGUACUGGAGCUGCAGGUGAGCUGGCUCUCGAGAACAUCACCUGGCCGGAAGCCCCGCCGGAGGGAACCUACACUGUCUAUGUGGAACUCUUCCGUGGACCAAAGGUGUCAUUCCAUCUGCUGGUCCAAUCGAAUUCCGGUGACAACGUGCGACUCUUCAGUCACAGCAGCAGUUUCUUUGAUGCCGGUCCACGGCAGGUCGCAGCGACCUUCCAAGUGACGAGCAGUGGAAUUGUCUUCAAUCCAGGCGCUUGUGGCCUGUUCCGGCGCGCAGCAUACGUGUCCAUGUUGACGAGACGACUCAACUCGGAUGUGAAGGCCAAAGCAUCGGCAAGUUCGGCAAAGGCGGAACACUGGGACAUGUCAACUGAUAGUGAUGGAUGGUGCCGCAUUGGUCGGAAUCAGAAGUCCCUUCGUAUCGCGCCUCCGAAGGCGUUGGGCUUUGAAUUGUGCCUUCCAGCGGAAGUGCUCUGUGAAGAUCUGCCGAAGGAGGUGGUGUUUCCCCAGAGACCAUCAGGUCGAAUAAACAGCCGGCAAUGGUAGCUGCACCGAAGUGAUCCUAUUCUUGUUGAGCAAAUCCCAAGUUUUG